CACCGCGCAUGCGCCACACACAGCUAGGAAAAAAAGAUGGACGCCCAAAGUGUCUGCACUCCACAGCUUGCGGAGUCAGACGCUGAAAAAAACACUACCAGUACCCCUAACGCGGCUUCUGUAACAGAUGCUGACAUAGUAAUAAACACUAAAAUAGAUAGUGCCCAGGUUGAAGGAGGCCAGGGUGAAGAGGAACUGCUGAAGGGUUUACUCACUGACGACUACUGCCACGUGUGUGAGGCUGUGCUGCUGUUUGAAUCUCAGAGGCUCUCCCACUAUGAGGGAAAGAAGCAUGCCCAGAAACUCAAGCUGUACCUGCAGGCCAAGAGAGCUGAGAAGAUGAACACAGAAUCAAGUGGCCCCCAGCAGAGAGCCAUGACAGCUGACAAGGACCAUUUCUGUAAGCUGUGUAACAUGGUGUUCAGCUCAGCGGUAGUGGCCCGCUCACAUUACGAGGGCAAAGUCCACACCAAAAAUCUGCGCAAACAUGGCUUUCAGCCCACAGAAAUCUCAUCUCUCAAGGGCACUGACAUGCCUACUUUACCUAGCCUGACUCAGGCCUCAACUGAUGUUGAUCACAAAUCAGCGGGAGACGGCGGCAUGGAGUCCCUGGGUCCACUAGCCGCCGCUGCCCCCAGCACCGAGGUGGACCUGAAGGAUCCCAACAAGUACUGCUCGCUUUGUGUGGCCUCCUUCAACAAUCCACAGAUGGCCCUGCAGCACUACAAUGGCCGGAAACACCAAAGGAAUCAAGCCAGACAGGAGCUGCUCAAAGAGCUGGGGGACGACACGCAACAAGCGAACUCCCUGACCUGUCAAAUGUGUGGUGUGGAAUUUAAUUCGGUGGAGAUGUACCAGGCCCACAUGCAGGGAAACAAGCACCAGACUAAGGAGAAGAAGGUCAUCGACCUGUGCAAGACACAGAAAGUCUACAGCUCGUUUGCAGAUGAGCUGGCCGAUUACAUAGAGGUCCAAAAGGCCCGUGGAAUUGCGCCGAAGAGCAGCCACGUUCUUCCUCAGGGUGAUGAAGCAGUGGAGGGCGAGGAAGAUGAAGAGAAAGAGGAAAUAAAAAACAAAGUAGAUAGUGUACCAUUCAACAUACCUAGGCUCAACUUUCCUCCACAUUCUAAUCAACCUCAUCAGGCCUAUCCUGGUUCGUUUUACCCAGCUGCAAGGUGGCGUCCUCCAUACCAGGGUCCUCCAGCUAACUAUGGCUUCAAAGGAAUGCCCUACGGUUGGGAUUAUAACUUCCCUCCUCCACCACACCUAGGUCCAGGCUCUCCACAGUUCCACAGUCGGCCCAUCGGAAAGAGGAGGCGGAGAAACCAGUCAAGCUCCUCUUCAUAUACUACUUCGUCCUCUUCUUCCUCCUCCUCCUCCUCCUCCUCCUACAGUAGCAGCACAAGUGACAGUGAAGAUAGUGAAUACAGGCACAGAGAGAGGAAGAGGAGGAUUAGGAGGAACAGGAGUGAGAGAGGGAGGAGGACACGAGAGGAGGGUUCAGACAAAGAGAAGAGGAGGAGGAAGAGACGCAGGAGAGAAAGAGACAGUGACUCAGAGGAGAGGAGAAGAAGAGAGGAAGAUGCAGAGUCAGAAAAAGAUGGAAGGAGAAGUAAAAGGCAGAAAAAUCAUGGAAAGGGGCGAAGGCAGGAAAAAAAAUCCCGAGGCGAGGACUACGAGGAAGAUCAAGGGGAGAGGGUGGCAAAGGAUUUAAAGCCAGAAGGACUGCUGGAGGAAAAAGAAGGGACAGAGAUGCACAUGCAGGAUGAGACUAAUGUUGAGCAGGAGGAGAGAGAGCAGGCUAAGCCGUCCAGACCGAAGCACAGGAAAGAGAAGAAAAAAACGAAGGAGAAAGUAGACACUAGAACGGAGGAGGAGAAGCUGUGGGAUGAGUCCAUCCUGGGCUUGUGAACCCAAGAGGCCCAGGUGAACUCUUUCUUUUAGGCUAAUGUUAUUUAGGCCUAAAGAUAAACUUGUCAUAAGCAUGGCAUUACACCUCUCAUAAACAAUGUAAAUCAAAAUAAAUUCAUGGCAGUUUACAGUUAAAGCUGCUCGAACUAUCUGCUCUGGUAACUAAUAUGUGUGAUUUUUCAUAGGCAUGCUAGCUGGCUAGCCAUGUUUACCUACCUGCUUAGCAGCAGUCACUUUUUUCCAUGCAAACCUAACACAUACUUUAUUUUUAAUUUGGACACUCAAUGUCUUUGAUUGCAUUUGUGUGCACAAUUAUAAAAGGUUGGUUGUAAUAUUGAAGAUCUCUCUCCACAUUUUCUAACCUAUUGUGUGAAAUUAUUAAGUAGUUUUCUUUUCUCUAAUUUAAACUAUAUUUAAUUUUAUAUCUGUGCUCCUGACUGUGAUUUGAUAGACUGAGGUCCCAUUAACAGCCUGUGGUUGGUGCUGUUGAACUUCAUUCAGAGCGUCAGUGAGCCAAAUAAAUGCCUGUGUUCUAUGAUGUUAGAAACAUAAAUCAUGUCUUUUCUGUUGAAACUUUUUUUGUGCUUCCACUCAGUAUGUAAGUAUGUAUGUAUCUGCAUAUGUUUGAUUUAAUGGAAUAACAAAAAUAUGACUUUGCAAUGAAACAAGUCUAUGGCUGUCACAUACUGCAGUACAUGAAAAAAAAAUUGCCUACGUCUGCAGUGCACCGCUUGUACGCGCAGGCUUUGGAUGUGUUUGCAUUUGUGUUUGGGGUCAGACAGGUGCAUAAGUUGAAAAUGAGGACAGCUCUUGACAAACUAAGAAAUCCAUGUUAAGGUGCAUUUAGUGACAAUUGACAAUAGUUGAUUGGACCCGCAUGUACCUGAAAAGGACCAUUCCUUGAUCAAUUAAGAUAAUUGUUUUCACAGUGCUCACCACUGCAAUAUAAAGGAGAUAAAAGGAGCUGUUUUAUUUCACCCUUC